AUGUAUCGGUCAAUGCUCCCAGUUCGGCUGUCUGUCGUGCGCCCUUGUCGUUUCAUUGCCCAUCGUCGCUAUCCCGCACCUACGCCCUGGCGCCGCUUCCAUCUAUCGCGCCAGUGGCUGUCAACCCCAUCGCAGGACCCAAAUGAGCCCUCAACUCCCGAAGAUAUAGUUGACAACUCCCAAUCACCUCAGUCAGAUGAUACUGUGGCCAGCAAUGAAUUAUCUUCCCCUUUCACUACAGAUCAGGCUGCGUCACGGCCUUAUGGGCCGGCUGUACGCCGGGCCAUGAGAAAUAGGCUCAAAGGACAUGAUCAGCAAAAGCAGCAGGAUCAGCAAUCAAAUCCACCACAAACUACCACCAUACCUAAUUGGUUCUCAGAAUACAACACAGUUACUCGAAGCCUCAAUGGUCAUGAUGCAGAACCGCCGGUCCUCCAAGUCGAGAUCACCAAGUCAAAAUCCAUUCCAAAACCAGGGGAUAAAAGCAAUCAUCCAGUUGGUGGAGAAGAACCUCCUUCCUCUGAAGAACCAUCAGUAUCAAAAAAUCGCUAUGCUGUAUCGGACGCAUUAUGGGAUGAACUGCGGGCAUCAGCCAGGGCUGGUUUGCGACUACCACCAGAUCAGUAUGCCAAAGAGCCAGCAGCAAAAAAGUCACACCUUGUUCUCCAAUACCCCGGAAACGAUGGCAUUUUGUUCUUGAAUGCUGUCGUUCAACAACUUUCCCACGAUCUCAACACCGAUCUUAUCACUCUCAAUGCUCUAGAUAUUGCUCAGCUGUUCAGUGAACAGGACUUUGUUGAGACAGGUGCAACAUCACCAAUCCGUUCUCUGGGCUAUGAAGUUUAUCGUCCUCAGGGCAUAUCUCCUGGACCAGAGUCUGUCGACGCUGAAUCGGACGGCGAUGAAGAUAUGGACAUUUCUCCUAUGCAAGGGGGACGGGCAGAGGCUAGCUCCCCUCACUUUAUCACUAUUGAGCCGAGUAGACAGUCAAACGAUGUCUUGUUUCCAAACUGGUCUGGGUUGAGGUCAUUGGUUGCGUCCAUCAAUGGCCAAGUCGAUCAAGAUGAGAGUAGCUCACGGCAUUUUGGCAAGCGCGCAGAGAAACGCUGGUCUCGACUUCUUGAUGAGAUCAUCUCUUCGGCCAGCCAAUCUACAGAAGCUGUUCCAAAGGAAAUGAAAGAGUCUCCUGAGGCUGAAGCCAUCAAACCUGUACAUUCUCGUGACACUAUUAUUCAUAUUCAGGAUUACCGCGACAUUCAGAACACACGGGAGGGUGCACGGUUUAUCUCGCUCUUACAAAAAGCCAUUCAGGAUCGAAGAAGAUCUGGCACCCGGCUUCUUUUCAUCGGUAGUACGUCGCAGGGAUUGCAACAUUCUUCAUCGCCGGAUGGAAUCAAGAUUUUACAAAAUGUAAUUGAUGACAAUUUCUCAAAGACUCUCAUCAUUACACCGGCCAUGGAAUCAAAAGCGGCAGAGAAAAAUUUCGCAGAAGACCAGAAAAUUCGAACUAUGGACAUCAAUGUUCGGCAUCUUCAGAAUAUGUUGCGAUACCGCAUCAACGAGACUUCCUCCAUUAUCAAGAAUAAUAUCUUUGCCAAUCGGGACUGGGAGCUUGACGCAGUAUCGAUCAAGCAGUCCGGCAUCAGAGAUCGCUUUUGGUCCUAUAAUCAGGUUCACUGGGUUGCAACUCUGGCACUUGGCAGUGCGGAUCCUAGCGAAUUAUUUGGUUUUGAACAAAUUCGACGUGGUAUCGAACUCAUGGACAGAGGUGACAAGGUCACCAGUGAUUGGUUGCAAGAAAAGGCAUCUCAAUUGUCUGAGUUCUCGGAGUCUAGCACUGAGCAAACUCGAGAACAGCUACUAAGCUCCCUUCGCAAGACUUGCAACACACAUGAGAAAAAGUUGCUCAAUGGUGUUGUUGAUGCAAAGAGCCUACGUACCACUUUUGCGGAUGUUCAUGUCCCAGCUGAAACUAUUGACGCUCUCAAGAUGCUCACUUCUUUGUCCCUGAUUCGUCCUGAAGCGUUCACCUACGGUGUUCUAGCCACGGAUAAAAUUCCUGGUCUUCUGCUAUACGGACCCCCAGGUACCGGUAAGACACUACUAGCCAAGGCCGUCGCCCGAGAGAGUGGAGCUACUGUACUAGAAGUGAGCGGAUCCGAGGUGUACGACAUGUAUGUCGGUGAAGGCGAGAAGAAUGUGAAAGCAAUAUUCACACUGGCCAAGAAGCUGAGCCCAUGCGUAGUGUUCAUCGAUGAAGCGGAUGCCAUUCUUUGCUCACGUACGAGUUCCAGUAACCGCUCCUCUCACCGUGAGCUAAUUAAUCAGUUCUUGCGUGAAUGGGAUGGGAUGAGCGAUACCUCUGCCUUCAUAAUGGUCGCUACCAAUCGGCCCUUUGACCUAGAUGAUGCGGUUCUGCGCCGUCUACCCCGACGCAUUCUCGUGGAUCUUCCCACUGAGAAAGACCGCGAACAGAUCUUGAAAAUUCACCUAAAAGAAGAAAAACUCGACCCCACUGUCGACUUCGCCGAACUGGCCAAACAGACUCCGCUUUACUCCGGCUCUGACUUGAAAAACCUGGCUGUUUCCGCAGCAUUGGCAUGUGUUCGGGAGGAAAACGAUCUCGCCGCAAAGCACCAGGGCGAUGAGCCUUACCAACAUCCCGAACGACGCACAUUGACCCGUGCACAUUUCGAGCGGGGCAUGGGCGAGAUCAGUGCCUCUAUCAGCGAAGAUAUGUCCUCGUUGGCGGCAAUCCGGAAGUUCGACGAACAGUACGGCGAUCGCAAGAGUCGCCGCCAGAGGAGUCCUGCUUUAGGCUUCGGUUCUCCCAAGGCAGCCGAGUCUACUCCUGAUACUGUGCGUGUCCGAGCGUGA